CCCUCGCUUGGAAAAAGUGGUGAAAGUAGUAAUUAAGGGCCGUUGCAUAUGGCGCCAUCAAAUCUUAUCAUCUAAUUUCAUCAUAUCAUAGAUCCAAGGCCACUCCAUCUCUCUCCAUGGAGUCUCUUUCCAUAUGCCUCGGAGCUUCACCACCAUCAUUAAACCCUUGUAAAAAUCCCAAAAACAAAACUCCAAGAACACACUCAAAUUGCAUCCGCAUUUGCAAACUACCCCAAAAACCUCAAACAACCACCAUUUCCCCCCAUAAUUUGUCCCAAAACCUCUCUUUUCUCAAUUCCCACAAACUAAGCCUCAAACCCCAAUUCGCAUUCCCAUUCUUCGGAUUCACUUUCCCAGUUUCGUGUUUCGCCAUUGAAACCACCACGACUCUCUCAGCUGAAGAAGCUCCCGGCAGAAUCAGCUUGGAGUCCAUUUUGGUUUCGAUCGACAACUUCUUCACCCGCUACCCUUUCUUUGUUGCCACAGUAGUCUUCAUUUGGCUUGUUGCGAUCCCUUUAGUUGAGGAGUAUUCGCAGAAGUACAAGUUCAUCUCCGCCAUUAAUGCAUUCAAGAAGCUGCAGGAUGACCCCACUGCCCAGUUGUUAGAUAUAAGGGACGAUAAGAGCGUAGCUUCUCUGGGCUCUCCCAAUUUGAAAAUAUUGAGCAAGAAUGCAGUGCAAGUCAGUUUCCGAGAAGCAGAUGAACAAGGUUUUGUGAAAAGGGUUCUCGACAAUUUUGGGGAGCCAGCUAACACUACCCUUUGUAUCUUGGACAAUUUUGAUGGCAACUCUAUCAAAGUGGCCGAGCUAUUGGUGAAAACCGGUGGUUUUAAAGAGGCUUAUGCUAUUCGGGGAGGGACCAUGGGCAAGCAAGGAUGGCAGGAGAUACAAGAAACCCUCCUACCUCCUUCAGUACAUAUUAUUCCUAGGAAAAGGACCAAAGUGCCAAAAAAACAGGAUACAAAUGGAGAUAUACCUCGAGUUAAGGAAAAUACAGAUUCUCCAGCCAGUAAAGAGAUCAAGAAUGAGGAUGUUACUUCCGUUGUCAAAUCUGAAGGGAGUCCUUCAAAGCCACUGUCUCCGUACCCAAAUGAAAUAAAUCAACAUGGAGGGAAAUCAUUUUCUGAUCCUUAAUUGUGAUGGUGGAAUCUUGGGACGGCACCCUUUCCUUCACCGAGUUCUUCGUUGCCGCUUCCACUUUUUCGGAGCAAUGGCGGAAACUCAACUCGAAUCUACCUCAAUGGACAUGGAUUCCUUCCCCUAAACGCCCAUGGGUUCCCCCUAAUGAUGAAGUACUUAUUUACACUUCCAUAAGUUGUGAUGCUAUCUCAUACGAUUUUGACUUGUUUUUGGAAAUUUCAAGGCGGGAUACUUGGCCCUGGAAAAUAUG